AAUGUUUGACUUGAAAUGUCUUUAGUAUGCUUGGGUUUUAGUUUGUACAAGUGGGACCCAUUACUCAGUGGUUCAAGCAGUUCAUACCAUGGGUCCCAUUAUGGCUUGGGUGUAAUGGGCCUGGCCCUGGCCCAUGGAUUGUGGGCCCAGAUCUGGCUGCAUCUGGUAUAAUACAUUGUUUGACUUGAAAUGCCUUUAAUAUGCUAGGGUUUUUAGUCUGUACAAGCGGGACCCAUUAUUCAGUGGUCCAAGCAGCUGAUAUCAUGGGUCCCACUAUGGGUCCUACUGGAGGCGGUCUACAGACCCAAAACCACCUGUAUGGGAAAAUACUAACUGUUCGAUUGGUGACCAGAAAAAAAAUCACUGGUAUGUUAGGGCUGGAUAUAUGAUGUCUAUGAUAUUACAGUCUGGGGUUUCGGAGCAUGGUGGGGCUCAUAACAUCAAUCGUUUGGAUGUAACUAUGGGCUCCACUUUUACCAACUGAAAACCCAAGCAUGCAGUUGAUAUUUUGGAUCGAGCAUUUUAUAUACCUCACUGUAAUUACCUCUCUUAGCAUUAAUAUUGAAGGAGCACACUCCAAAUUUUUAUCAGACUACUUCUAAGUGCAACUUGAGAUGGAAUGCAAUUGCAAUUUUGAGGCCUACUUCCUCCUUAUGAAUCUGAUGGAACAUCAUCGGCCUGUAUCUUUUUCUCUUGAUUUAAUUGAAUGCUUGCAUUUCAAUUGACUUCUUGCAUCCAACCAUGGCCUAAAUCUCUAUACCUUCAUGAUGACAUUGUUGGCAUGCUUUGAAACAUUCCUUGAUGUUUAGCAGUACUUGUUGCCGAUAACUGAACUUGGGAAAAACCGGGCAUCUGGGUACCACUAGCGGAUCAAACCUAGCAGUUCCUUUUUUUCACUUUCUGCAGGACUUUAGUUAGAAAGAUUUCAAAGCUGAGUAAAAUCAGAAGCAUGAAGACUUCUGCUUGGGUGGCUGUAUUUUGAUAGGGAGCCUUUCAGUAUCUAGAGAUGGAGACCAAUAUACUGCCGAUAGCUGGGAAACUGAUUCUAAGUCCACACAGAGCUCAAAAUUUUCAAGAAAACAGGCGUUGGAUGAAUUGCGCUGCUUUAAGGACUAUCAAAAUGGGAAGGAUAACAGUUUAUCUUAUUUUUCAAGAGAGGCAUCUGCCCUGGUGGAUGUUCCCGCAAAGAGGAAUGUGCAGGACAUAAGGGCGUGCAGAUUCAUUUCCACCUUCCAACAUCAGUGUGGAGGAAACUGGCCGCGUUUCUUUUUCUGUUCCAUGUGGUCUGAGUAUUGGCACCACUAGGCGUCUUUCAGUUCAAGCAACUCUGCCAAAGCAUCCCAAGCCAUCAUGGUUUAUGAGUACAAAAUCCGUGAGGGAAAGGCUUCUGCAGUGGAAGUUGGCACGGGAAACUGCUGGGCAACUUUCAGGUCAAGCGAUUCUGCCAAAGCAUCCCUUGCCAUCAUGGUUUAUAAGUUCAAAAUCCCUGAGGGAAAGGCUUCUGCGGUGGAAGUUGGCACGGGGAACUGCUGGGCAACUUUCAGUUCAAGCAACAAUGGAAAAUUAUCCUGAGUCAUCAUGGUUUAUGAGUUCAAAAUCCCUGAGGGAAAGGCUUCUGAAGUGGAGAUUGGCGCGGGAAAAGAUCUCUCAUCAAAAUAAAAACAAAAAAGACUCAGAUGAAGUGAAUGGCUGUGCUUCUCUUAAAGAGGUGGAACUUGACCAAUCAGUUCUAUAUACAGGUCAAGAAACAAUGGAAUCAUCAUGGAUUUUGAGUUCAAAAUCCCUAAGGGAAAGGCUCAUGAAGUGGAGGUUGGCACGGGAACAGAUCUCUCACCAAAAUAGGAACAAAAAAGAAUCACAUGAAAUGAAUGCCUGUGCUUCUCUUAAAGAGGUGGAGCUUGACCAAUCAGAAAUAGACGGUGAGCAUCGACGACCUCUCUCAAGAAAGGUGCGGAUACGUUCAUCAAAAAUCAAUCCCUACAGGGUCAUUAUCCUCUUCCGUCUUGUAAUCACGGCCUUCUUUUUCUGGUAUAGACUAAUCAAUCCUGUCCGUAAUGCAUAUGGGCUUUGGUUAACUUCAGUGCUCUGUGAGUUGUGGUUUUCUGUAUCUUGGAUUUUGGACCAGCUCCCUAAGUGGCAUCCUGUCAACAGGGAAACUUAUCUCGAACAACUAUGUUUGAGGUACAAUCCGCCAGGAAAAAAACGCCAGCUGGCUUGCAUUGAUGUGUUUGUUAGUACAGCUGACCCUCUGAAAGAGCCGCCACUUGUUACAGUGAAUAGUGUACUUUCAAUCCUUUCUGUGGACUACCCAGUUGAUAAAGUUUCUUGCUACGUUUCUGAUGACGGUGCAUCCCUUUUGAUGCUUGAAACACUCAUAGAAACCUGCGCAUUUGCUAAAAAAUGGGUGCCAUUUUGCAAAAAGUUCAAUAUUGAGCCUAGGUCUCCUGAGCAUUAUUUCUCACAAAAGGUUGACCAUUUGAAAUACAAUAUAUUUCCGACAUUUGCUAAGGAAAGAAGGGCAAUGAAGGGGCAGUAUGAGGAAUUCAAAGUCAUAGUCAAUGCUCUUGUAUCUAAAUUCCAAAAUGUUCCUUCUCAUGAUUACUCCAUGAAAGAUGGCACCCCAUGGCCUGGAAAUAAUACUCGAGACCAUCCGGGGAUGAUACAGAUAUUAUUGGGCCGUGGGAGACUGGAUGCUGGUGAUGAUAAGGAAUUGCCUCAACUAGUUUAUGUGUCCCGAGAAAAGCAUCCUAGUUACCAGCACAACAAGAAGGCGGGUGCCAUGAAUGCUCUGGUCCGAGUUUCCGCUGUUAUUACAAAUGGGCCUUACAUUCUAAAUCUUGAUUGCAAUCACUACAUAAACAACAGCAAAGCCCUCUUGGAAGCUAUGUGCUUUAUGAUGGACCCAGGUAUCAAUGAUAAGGUGUGCUAUGUUCAGUUCCCCCAGAGAUUCGACGGUAUCAAUGCAGGUGACCGUUAUGCAAACCACAAUACAGUCUUGUAUGAUAUUACCCUAAAGGGUCUUGAUGGAAUACAAGGGCCUCUCUAUGUUGGGACAGGUUGCUUCUUCAACAGGAAAGCUUUGUAUGGACAUGAGCUUCUUCUGGAACCGAAAUGGUGUACAAUGAUGAGGAAGGCUCCGAAUGAGACACUUGGUUCUUAUUCCUCUACUCAUGUUCUUGGCGAAGAGAGCUCGAGUUUACCUGGUACAGAACUGAGCAGUCUUGUGGGUUUGGAGGAAUGUUUUGGUCAUUCAGCAUUUUUCCUCCAAUCGACUCUUGUCGAGGAUGAUAGAUUAUCACAGUCCACAUCUCCUGACACAGUCCUAAGAGAAGCUAUUCAUGUAUUAAGCUGUGAUUAUGAAGAUAACACAGCCUGGGGAAGAGAGAUUGGUUGGAUAUAUGGCUCUUUGACCAGUGAUAUUCUGACUGGUUUUAAGAUGCAUGCACGAGGAUGGAGAUCAAUAUAUUGCACGCCGCCACGUCCUGCAUUUAGAGGAUCUGCACCCAUCAACCUAUCUGAUCGUUUGAAUCAGGUGCUCAGAUCGGCCUUCAGCUCUGUUGAGAUUCUUUUCAGCCGGCAUUGUCCAAUCUGGUAUGGAUACAGUGGCGGGCUCAAAUGGUUACAGAGAGUUGGUUAUAUCAAUGCCACUGUUUAUCCUUUUACUUCCAUUCCCUUGGUUAUAUACUGCACUCUACCUGCAGUCUGUCUUCUCACAGGAAAAUUCAUCCUUCCGGCGGUCAGUAAUCUCACGAACAUCUUGCUUCCGUUUCUCUUCCUCUCGUUCUUAGCAACCUGGUUUCUUGAAAUAAGGUGGAGCAAGGUUCAGAACGAAGAAUGGUGGAGGAAUCAGCAGUUUUGGGUCAUUGCUGGAGUUUCUUCCCAUCUAUUCGCCGUUUUUCAAGGGCUGAUCAAAGCUGUGUCAGGUAUGAAUAUGACUUCCACUGUCAUGACCAAGAAAUUUCAUAAUGAUGAAUUUGUGGAGAUGUAUGCAUUCAAAUGGACAUCGCUUCUGAUCGUGCCAACAACGUUAAUCCUUGUCAAUGUAUGGGCCAUGGUCGCUGGCACUUGUUUUGCUCUCAGCAGUGGUUACGGCACCCUGGCGCUGCUUUUUUCUAAGUUGUUGUUUGCAUCCUUGGUAAUUCUCCAUCUUCAUCCAUUCCUCAAGGGCUUGUUGAUUCGCCGGCAUAGGAUCCCAUCCAUUGUCAUCGUUUGGUCUCUUCUUCUGGCAACCUUGUUUUCUGUAUCGUGGGUCCGGGUUAACCCAUUCAUUACCAGGUUCCGUGGACCAGAUUUACAGGACUGCGGCAUCAAUUGCUGAUUUGGGUUGCAUUCUUCAUCUACAUUCAUUGCCAUGUAACUCAUCCAGUGAGAGGGAUUAUGUAUGAAGGUAACAAAAUUUGUAUGUUGUAUAUGUUUGUCCAAUUAUGUAAUUUUUAUUUACAAAAAUACUUGGAUUUUCACUACUGAUUAUAUUUACAAAAAUAAUUGGAUUUU